CAUCCAUGCUGUAGGGUCGCAGGCGGUGUGGUCGGCUGCAGAUACACCUUAAUGUAAAGCCAUGGAAGACAAGGCUCGCAUACAAGAGGCCAUUAAAAUUCAAGGUGAAGUCGUCCGGAAGUUAAAAUCCGAGAAGGCGAGCAAAGAUCAGUGACAGGGUUGCUUACCACUUUUCUCCUGUUCUUCCUGCCUGGCCCUGGAUGACCUCGCUCUGCCUUACUCUUCAUCUUCAUCGUCUACCUCGCUGCCCCUUCUGGACGUCCCUCCUUCUGUGAUUGGCUGCUGUGUCGGACCCUGGACUACACCGUACCUGUGAUGAACUCCUGAACGUCUUCUUGUUGGAUCUCUGGACUUAUUUUUUUUAUUAUUUAUGCUCCCCACGCUGUUGGACAAUCAUGCUGGCCGUGUGCUGUGUUCGUGUCUGUUCCGGGCUGGCGGCCAUGCGGACUGCAACACGGGUCCGAUCUCUGCGUGGUGUUCCUGGGAUCACCGUGGCUCAGAUUGAUGAAGAGGUAGCCAAACUGCUGGAGCUGAAGGCUCAGCUUGGAGGAGACGAUGGCAAACACCAGUUUGUCCUUAAAACAGCAAAGGGAACGAGGGACUACAGCCCCAAGCAGAUGGCCAUCAGAGAGAAAGUCUUCAACACCAUCAUCAGCUGCUUCAAACGCCACGGAGCAGAGACCAUCGACACACCGGUUUUUGAGCUAAAGGAAACAUUGACAGGAAAGUACGGAGAAGACUCCAAACUCAUCUAUGACCUGAAAGACCAAGGAGGAGAGCUGCUGUCCCUCAGAUAUGACCUCACCGUUCCCUUUGCACGCUACCUGGCCAUGAACAAGAUAACUAACAUCAAGCGUUACCACAUCGCGAAGGUCUAUCGCCGUGACAACCCAGCCAUGACCCGUGGGCGCUACAGAGAGUUUUACCAAUGUGAUUUUGACAUAGCAGGUCAGUACGAUGCCAUGAUCCCAGACGCAGAGUGUCUGAAGAUAGUCCAUGAAAUCCUCAGUGAGCUGGAGCUGGGAGACUUCCGGAUAAAGGUCAACGACAGACGCAUCCUGGAUGGGAUGUUUGCCGUGUGUGGAGUUCCAGACGACAAGUUCCGCACCAUCUGUUCAACAGUGGAUAAACUGGAUAAGUUGCCCUGGGAGGACGUGAGGAAGGAGAUGGUGAGUGAGAAGGGCUUGUCGGAGGAGGCUGCCGACCAGAUUGGGGAGUACGUCAGCAUGCAGGGGGGAAUGGACCUUGCAGAGCGCCUCCUUCAGGACCCCAGACUGUCUCAGAGCAAACAGGCCUGCGCUGGUCUGUCGGACAUCAAACUUCUCUUCAGCUACCUGCAGCUCUUCCAGGUCACAGACAAGGUGGUGUUUGACCUCAGUCUGGCCCGAGGUCUGGAUUACUACACCGGGGUCAUCUAUGAGGCAGUGCUGACUCAGGCCGGCGUGGCCCCGGUGUCCAACGAUGCCCAAAACGGGGCCAACGCAGAGGAGAGCGUCAGCGUGGGCAGCGUGGCCGGAGGGGGUCGAUACGACGGUCUGGUGGGCAUGUUCGAUCCAAAGGGCCGGAAGGUUCCGUGUGUGGGGGUCAGCAUCGGCAUCGAGAGGAUCUUCUCCAUCAUGGAGCAGAAGGCCGAGGCUGCAGCUGAGAAGGUCCGGACCACCGAGGUUCAGGUCAUGGUGGCGUCGGCUCAGAAGAACCUGCUGGAGGAGAGGCUGAAGCUCAUCACGGAGCUAUGGAACGCCGACAUUAAGGCUGAGGUGUUGUACAAGAAGAACCCUAAACUGCUGAGUCAGCUGCAGCACUGCGAGGAGUCUGGAAUCCCCAUGGUGGCCAUCCUGGGAGAACAGGAGCUGAAAGAUGGAGUGGUAAAACUCCGCAUGGUGGCCACCAGAGAGGAGGUGGACAUACCCAGAGCUGAUCUCAUCAGUGAAAUAAAGAGGAGGACCUCUGAGGUCUAACCCCCCCAUUGCCCAGCUACAGCUCCACAUGCAUCAUCUGAUUGGCUGCAGAGGCUUGUACAGAAUCCCUCCUCCUGUCAUCUGCAGAGCACGAAGGACACAAGCAGCCCUGAAAAUACUGCCUGGGGAGCGUAAACCCCUCCAGUCUGCUGCAGCAGGAAGCUACAGAGUGUGUUUCAGAUGCAGUUUACAUGAUCUGCAAUGUUCUGUCUGAAGCUGUGUAUGCUCUGCUGACAGAUCAUAUCUUCAUUAAACCCAUCAUGUCUACGCUGGUGUAGUUCAUGAAGCUGAUGUGUGCAGGACCAACCUUCUGGGUUCAUCUCCGCCUGUAUCAGACACACUGCUCAAAUAAACUCAUUCAGACCUUC